GCGUCAAAGUGAAACCUCCUACUCCCGGUGCUCUGACAGCUGUGUGUAACGGAAGACAUUUUGAGCUGCUGCGGUCGGUCCGCUCCGUUAUUUGAGUGGCAGCCUGAAGUCGAGGCUGACGUGCUGGAGAGUCAGUCUCCAGACUAAACUGUACUCGGUGUAAAAGACGAGAUUUAAAGAAAAACUGUUGUAGUUUAGCGGCGUAUGUGUUGCCCAGCUAGCUAGCUUAGCGCCACAAAAGCUAGCAAAGUCCUAGAUGCUAGUUAGUUAGCGUCACCUAGCUGGCCUGCCCUCCUCCUCCUCCUUCUCCUCCUCCUCCUCCUCCUUCUUCUUCACUUCCUUCUCGACAGCCGGUCCCUUCACCAGACACAAUGGCUUUAAAACGAAUUUCCAAGGAGCUAACCGAUCUGUCCAGAGAUCCUCCGGCUCAGUGCUCCGCCGGGCCCGUCGGUGAAGACAUGUUUCAUUGGCAAGCUACUAUUAUGGGGCCUCCUGACAGUCCCUACCAGGGUGGCGUAUUUUUCCUGACUAUUCAUUUCCCCACAGAUUAUCCUUUCAAACCACCCAAGGUCGCCUUCACAACCAGAAUUUAUCACCCAAAUAUUAACAGUAAUGGCAGCAUCUGCUUGGAUAUAUUGAGAUCACAGUGGUCUCCAGCAUUAACGAUCUCUAAAGUCCUUUUGUCCAUUUGUUCUCUGUUAUGUGACCCAAACCCCGACGACCCGCUAGUGCCAGAGAUCGCCCGCAUCUACAAAACAGACCCUGUUAGGUACAACAAGACAGCUCAGGACUGGACUCAGAAAUACGCCAUGUGAUCCACCUCCUCACUCACUCACUGCUGGAAUAAACUGUUUGAUUUCCUCAUGUGGCCACGCCCCCUCCCAUCGCACCAUAACAGCAAUUUGUUCAUUCUUUUGUCCCCAUCCUCCAUUUUAACGCUUUUAAAUCCUUUAUCGGCCCUUUUCUCUGCUUUUAAAAACACCAGUGAAGGGCUGAGGACUUUGAGCUGUGAAUGUGCCAACUGAAAAACAAAAGCCACAAACCAGAGUGGACUCUCUGUAAAACCCGACUGGAGAGAGAACUGUUAAGAUAAAGAAAGCUGCAGGAGAAUAUAAAUAUAUAAUAAUAAUUUAAUGCAUGUCAGUGAUUGGUUCAUGUGCUGCUGAGAACAGAUGUGUCCGCUUUUAAAAAGAGAAACGACAGCUUUUUUGGGUUUAUUAACUUGUUUUUUUUGUUUCUGAGCUUUUGUUUUUAGCAAAGAGCCGUUAGUUCAUCCAUCAUCCACAACACUGUUCUCCUCUUUUUGCACUGAAGACGAAACUCAAAGCUCUCGACGGCUGAUUGAUCAACUAAUAGCUCUCUGACGGUUUUUUCUCAAUAAAGUUGAACAAAUUGCAGUU